CAAAAGAUGGAUAAAAGAUGGAGUCUUGAAGGUAUGACUGCUCUUGUAACCGGUGGAGCCAGCGGAAUCGGGCAUGCCAUAGUAGAGGAGCUAGCCAGUUUUGGAGCUAGAAUCCAUGUGUGCGACAUAUCUGAAACACUGCUCAAUCAGAGUUUAAGCGAAUGGGAAAAGAAAGGGUUUCAAGUGAGUGGCUCAACAUGUGAUGUAUCCUCUCGUCCCGAGAGAGAAAUACUUAUGCAAAUCAUCUCAGGGAUAUUUGAUGGCAAGCUGAAUAUACUUGUGAACAACGUUGGCGUGGUUCACACUAAGCCAACAACUGAAUAUGAGGCAGAUGAUUUCUCGUUCCAUAUAUCAACAAACUUAGAAUCUGCUUAUCAUCUUAGCCAGCUUUCACAUCCUCUCCUGAAGGCUUCUGGAAUUGGAAGCAUUGUCAUGAUUUCCUCUGUUGGAGGGGUUGUAUCAAUGUGCUGUGGAUCUAUCUAUAGUCUAGCGAAAGGAGCUUUGAAUCAACUAGCAAAAAAUUUGGCGUGUGAAUGGGCAAGAGAUGGCAUAAGAACCAACUCUGUUGCUCCUAAUUUUGUCAACAAAACUACUAUGGCUAAACCUUUUUUCAAAGACACCGGUUACGAGAAGAGUUAGUUAAACAGAACUCCACUUGGUCGGGCUGGAGAGCCAAACGAGGUUGCAUCACUUGUGGCUUUCCUGUGUCUACCUGCAGCUUCAUAUAUUACUGGUCAGACCAUUUGUGUUGAUGGAGGUCUCACUGUCAAU